AUGGAGGUUCUCUCGCCGCGAUCAGCAAAUAUCCCGAUGGCGCCUCCCAAAGCCACAAGGAAGCCCAAAGGAGACUCGAAACCAAAGCCCGACGUCAAACUUACCAACCCCGAUCGCAUCGACGACAGAUGGAGACCUCCGCCCUCAAUCACAGAACCGGGACCGUCGCCAGAAACAUAUCUGAUGGGAAAGAAGCUAGGCAAAGGAGGAUUUGCAGUUUGUUUCGAGGGGAAGUCAAAAACAACAUUCGAAGUAUUUGCUCUCAAAGUCGUCAAGGCAAAGGUUGAACAGAAGAAGAUGAUGGAAAAGUUUCGAACCGAGCUUCAGAUCCAUGCCAAAAUGCAUCAUCCAAAUAUUGUCGAAUUCCUUCGUGCCUUUACCAUCGACGAAUACACCUACGUCGUUCUUCAGAUGUGCCCCAAUGGGAGUCUGACGGAAAUGGUCAAAACCCGUUCCUGUCUCAGUCUGCCUGAAGUUCGUCGUUUCAUGAUUCAAAUCUGCGGAGGAGUCAAAUACAUGCACAAGCGAUCCGUCAUUCAUCGAGAUCUGAAGAUGGGCAAUAUUUUCCUGGACGCACGAAUGAAUAUCAAGAUUGGAGACUUUGGAUUGGCUGCGGUCAUGGCAGAUGAGCAUGAUCGUCGGACAACACUGUGUGGGACGCCAAAUUACAUCGCCCCUGAGAUUUUGAGCAAAUCAAGCAACCGUGGCCACGACAACAAGGUUGACACCUGGGCUGUUGGGGUGAUAUGCUAUGCCAUGCUCAUGGGCACUCCUCCCUUCCAGUCAAAGACUCAACAGGAGAUUUACACGAAACUGAGGACGCUAGAAUAUGAGUGGAGGAUUGAUAGCAAGAAUUAUAUUCCUCAACAGGCAAAGGAUUUUGUGGCUUCAUGUCUAAACCUCAACUCUGUUGAGAGACCAGAGAUGGACGAGCUUGUUGAACAUGACUUCUUCACCAUGGGAGCGGUCGCCGACGAAUUGGAGACUUCUUGUCUCAGAGCGAAUCCAACAUGGCUGGAAAAUGCUGACCCACGUGGAGACAAAGUACAAUCAGGCUACGGAAUCAGUCACAGCAGAAUAUGCCGCGAAUGUGGUAUUGGUAUCGGCUCCGAUGGCCGUCCCCGGGCUGGAGUUGGAACUGGUCUAAACAUCUCGACACUGGUCGAAAUUGAAGCUGAAAAUAGAGAAGGGUGUGCACCAGUUGUUCCCUUACCACCAGGGACUCUCUACAAGCAAUUCUCUGAUGCACACGUUGAAUGGACAGCACGGCAGAAGCAUCCACUGCUAUCUACACGCGUACGGAGUCGAAAGCCUAUUCCGGAACAACCAGAACCACUCUUUGUCUCUUCAAAAAUCACCAAGGCGGAGACAGAGGUAUUGCCAGUGAUGGCACCGAAGGCUCCUUUGCCGCCGGCAAGUUCCGCGUCUAGACCGUUUCAAAGCUUUGCAGCCCAACAAAGGCAACAAGCACUCCCUUCGGGAUCAGUCCGACGAGGGCCCGUUGGUCAAGAAGACAUUCCCAGGCCAAAACAGCAGGAAGUUGUCGAGCCUCCUCCUCAACCACUUUUGAGAGAACGGCCUAUAAGAGCUGCCACCAUCCGUACAACAAGAAGCACGACCGUGCGUGAUGCCGUUUCCCAGAUAUCUAGGACACUGCCGAGAUCGACGACUGCGCCUGAUGGGAUCAAUGAGAUUAGCAGACAAGAAUCAAGCCGGACCGGACAGGAGGGUCGAAGAAUCAAAAGCGGGAUCCCGACAGCCACCCCGAACCCUGAAAGCCAGCCAACGAGAAACAUCCCGCGAUCCGUCGGAGGAGCAGACAGUGCAACUGCCCGCCCAAAGUCUUCCUCUCCUACCUCGGAAGUAUCAGUGGACGACAUACCUCCUCACGUGCUACAACCUACCAGUGGAAACGAUAGGCAAGCAGUGUUGGGGAUGGCAGAGAAGCAGCGACCUGCCAACGCCGAACAGAGACAACGGGCGGAGUCAAGAGCAGAGUCCGCCCGCCCAACGUCCUUACCCAGACAUCAACCUAGAAUUAUCGCGAGGACAGACCGGGCUAUGUUGGUCCCCCAGUCUUCCAAUUCUCAUGUUCUCGGCUCUCUGCAGGACCUACACAAGGCUCUCGAUCCUCGAAGGUUUGAUGAGGCAGGAAGACGUCCAAGGUCAGCAUACGGCACCAGAGCAGUGCGGACUCGUUCCACAUACCCUCGGGUUGACAAAUGGGUAGACUAUUCCACCCGGCAUGGAAUAGCCUAUAUCCUCUCCAAUGGCACGGUUGGCAUGAUUCUGAAAUCAUCCGAAGACAACUCCUUGCCAAGUAGCUGUGUGGUGGUGCGCCACGCGAGCAGUCACACAAUCAGGCGCGCCAAGGGUCUCGAACAUCAAUUCGUACCCCAGGGUCCUGAUGCCGCGGAUGUUGAGUUCUAUGAACAAAGUGACUAUGAAAGGGGGAUGAAGCGCCUUGACGUCCCUGCCCAAAAAUUUCAGCUCGAUCUGGAAUCUCAUCCCAAUCAAGUCGCUGCGGCCCAUGCCAUACAGGUCCGCUUGGAGGGCAGUGAGGCGGAGCGGAUGAAGGAAGUCGCACUUUUGGACAAAUUUGGGAAAUAUAUGAACAAACAGGGAAGGCAUGACGACUCGACCAAUGCAAAGGCAGCGAGUAAGGGCGAGCAUUUUGUGCAUUUCUAUCAACGAGUGGGAAAUGUUGGUGUCUGGAGAUUCGCAGACGGCGGGUUGCAGUUCAACUUCCCAGACCACACCAAGAUCACCAUCCAUGGGCCGAUUGCGGAGAAAGAUGACGAGGAUGGCCAGUACCGAGUCAAUUGCGUGUAUCUCAUGCCAACUGACGCCAUUGGGCUGGCAAGCCACGGCGGACUAAGCGGGGAAGCAAUGGAACGCCGCGAUGAAUUGAGCUUGCCACUGGAAGAUAUCAUGGACAAUGCACUGCGCCGAUCGGAAAUGGAGAUUGUGCGCACCAACGAGAUCAAGGAGAAACUGUACUGGGCUCGAGCCGUCAUCGGAUGCUGGAUCAAGGAAGGCGGGCUGGGUAAGAUGGGAGAAGAGAGGCUGGGAUGGAGCGGGCUGCAAGAACGACGAGAUGACAAGAGGAUCAAGCUCCAGUGGGUGACGGUUGGGAGGUUUGGUGGUGACGGCGAAGGGCCUGGCAUGACCGAGGUUGGAAACAAGCAUUGA